CCAGCUACUGAUUCACUCUCUUUGUUCUUGACAAACGCAAGAUACUACGCUUCGCGCAAUGGCUGUACGUUCCAUUGUCUCUGAAAAUAGAUGCCGUUUUGUUGAUCCGAAAGCCUCCGUCAAUCUUGAUCUUAGUUAUGUCACCGACAGAGUAAUUGCAAUGUCAUAUCCUUCCGAAGGCUGGGAAGGGCUCUAUCGGAACCCACUGAAGGAGGUUAAAAAAUUCCUUGACGACCGACACGGUCCAACAAAUUACAAAGUAUACAAUCUACGAUCAGAGAAGCAGUAUCGUGAGGAAGUUUUUAGUUCGUCAGCUGCAAUGUUUGGCUUCAAAGAUCAUCAGGCACCUCCCUUUAACCUGUUGAUUGAAUUCUGCAAAGACGCUGGGCAAUGGCUAAAGGAUCCAAAACACGUAGUUGCAAUCCAUUGCAAGGCCGGUAAAGGACGAACGGGAACUGCAAUUGCUGCUUUACUGCUAUACACGCAGCAGGCUGCAAGUUCUGAUGCAGCUAUGCGUCUCUAUAACACCAAGAGAACGAAAGAUGGAAGAGGCAUCACUAUACCCAGCCAGAUACGCUAUGUGCAGUAUUUUGAAAAAUGGAUGCAAUGUAUUUACAAUUCUGGGGUAGCCAGGAACACCGUCAACUGCACUAGUGAAUCUUGUGCCAUCAGCAUUUUCAAAGUGACAAUUUACGGCAUUCCUACUGCAUAUAUAAACCACGCAGAUAUUUGGACUGAUUUUUGCAUAUCCAAUGGCGAGGGGGUUUUGUUUCAAAGAAAUCAGUCAAACUGUACCGUCAAAGUCAAUGACAAGACUAUCGUACUGGAAAUUCCGUGCAUUCGCGUCGAAGAUGACUUCAAGCUGGAGUUUUUUGUUAGAUCGCUUUAUGUCUUCAAAAAAAAACUAUGUAGGUUUUGGCUAAAUACACGGUUUAUCGUACCUGACAACACGAAUGUCCCAAGAACGUUCAAAUUGACAAAAGCCGAGAUCGAUGGAGCGGUCAAUGAUACCCACCACUGUCAAUUCCCCGCAGACUUUACGAUUGAAAUAGAAUUCAACAUCAAUUUUGAUUGAUGAUAAUACGAACCCCAGAUGGAAGAAUAUAUACAUGUAUUUUUGAAUGUGCUAACAGCUGCUGCUGUUGCACGUGUAUACAAUCAGCCCACUGUACAUGAUCGUCUUUGCAUGCAGACAAUGUGCGUGCCUGAUCUUGCUCCCUCUUUUUACCGAAAUUAGAGGCACA